AUGGGCGCCGUCGUAUCGUGCAUCAAGUCCAUCUUCCGGACCAUCGGAAACUGCAUCAUGGCCAUUGUCAACGCCAUUGCUGCAGGCCUCAAGGCAAUCAUCAACGCCAUUGUCUCGCUGUUUGGUAUCAUCAUCAGCUGCCUGACGUGCGGCCGUGGCGGCGGCGGCAGAAGGCGCACGACGCAUACGAGUAGAGUCUAG